AUGGCUGCCCCUACGCCAGUGGCAGCUCCGGCUAAGCAGCGCCGCAUCGCCGUUCUAACUAGUGGGGGGGAUGCGCCUGGAAUGAACGGGGCCGUGAGAGCCGUUAUCCGCAUGUCGAUUCACUGUGGUUGCGAGGCCUACGCUGUUCACGAAGGGUACGAUGGUCUGGUGCAGGGAGGGGACUACUUUAGGCAAAUGUUCUGGGAGGAUGUCCGGGGAUGGCUGUCUCGUGGAGGAACAUUGAUCGGGUCUGCAAGGUGCAAGGCCUUCAGAGAGCGUGAGGGGAGGCUAAAAGCCGCUAAGAAUAUGGUUAUUCGUGGGAUUGAUGCCCUUAUUGUGUGUGGCGGUGAUGGCUCGCUGACUGGAGCUGAUAUCUUUCGCUCCGAGUGGCCCGGUCUACUGGAAGAGCUGGUGAAGAAUGGAGAGCUCAGCUCAAAACAGAUUGAGCCCUUCAAGUCGUUGAAUAUUGUUGGACUGGUGGGCUCUAUUGACAAUGACAUGUCCUUAACAGAUGCUACCAUUGGCUGUUACUCGUCCCUGCACCGGAUCUGUGAGGCUGUGGACGAGGUCUUUGAUACCGCUUCUUCCCACCAGCGGGGUUUUGUUAUAGAGGUCAUGGGUAGGCAUUGUGGAUGGUUGGCAUUGAUGUCUGCCAUCAGUACCGGAGCGGACUGGCUGUUUAUUCCUGAGAUGCCUCCCCGAGACGGCUGGGAGGAUGACAUGUGUGAUAUCAUCACUCAGAACCGACGAAGAGGUAAACGACGAACUAUUGUUAUCAUUGCUGAGGGAGCCCAGGACAGUCAUCUUGAAAAGAUCACGUCCAAUAAGGUCAAAGAUAUUCUCAGUGAUCGGCUGCAGCUCGACACCCGAGUCACUGUCCUAGGGCAUACACAACGAGGUGGCGCAGCCUGUGCCUAUGACCGAUGGCUAGCUACACUCCAGGGCAUUGAAGCUGUCAAGGCUGUCCUAGAAGCCAAGCCGGGCUCCCCUUCGCCAAUCAUCACUAUCCGAGAGAACAAGAUCGAAAGGACCUCCUUAGUCGAGGCUGUAAGGGUUACGAAAAGUGUCUCUGAGGCCAUAGCGAAGAAGGACUUUGCUACUGCCAUGGCACUGCGUGACUCCGAAUUCAUGGCUCUCCACAGAGCAUAUAUCAACACUACCACACCACACCAUCCAAAACUGCUACUUCCAGAAGCGAAGAGAAUGCGUAUUGCUAUUAUUCAUGUCGGAGCUCCAGCUGGUGGAAUGAACCCCGCUACCCGAGGUGCAGUAGCAUACUGUCUGGCUCGCGGCCACACUCCCAUUGGAAUCUACAAUGGCUUCCCAGGUCUCUGUAGGCAUCAUGACGAUAAACCCCUGGGCUCUGUCAGAGAGGUCAAAUGGCUCGAGUCGGACUCGUGGGUCAACGAGGGUGGCUCAGAAAUUGGUACUAACCGUGGCCUCCCAUCAGAGGACAUGGAGACCACUGCCAAAUGCUUUGAGCUCUAUAAAUUUGAUGCCUUAUUUGUCAUCGGAGGCUUUGAAGCAUUCACUGCUGUAAGCCAAUUGCGAAAAGCAAGAAAGGACUAUGAUGCCUUCAAGAUCCCGAUGAUCCAGCUACCUGCUACUAUCUCCAACAACGUCCCCGGAACAGAAUACUCCCUGGGAAGUGAUACUUGUCUCAACACCCUGGUUAACUUUUGCGAUGUCAUUAGACAGUCAGCUUCCUCCUCUCGACGUCGAGUGUUUGUUAUUGAGACGCAAGGAGGACGAUCUGGUUACAUUGCAACCAUCGCUGGGUUGUCCGUCGGCGCAUACGCAGUGUAUAUCCCCGAAGAGGGUAUCAGUAUCAAGAUGCUUGCCAACGACAUCGAGAAUCUACGAAAAAGCUUUGCUACCGACCGCGGUGCCAACCACGCUGGCAAGAUUAUCCUACGCAACGAGCGUGCCUCCGCCACAUACACCACCCAAGUGAUAGCCGACAUGAUCAAGGAAGAGGCUAAGGGACGAUUCGAAUCCCGCUCUGCUGUCCCAGGUCACUUCCAGCAGGGCGGCAAGCCCUCUCCCAUGGAUCGUAUCCGCGCCCUUCGCAUGUCUCUCAAAUGCAUUCAACAUUUUGAAGAGUAUGCUGACAAGAGCCCGGACGAGAUCGCGGCAGACGACAUGUCUACCGUCGUCAUCGGCAUUCGAGGUAGCGAGGUGGUCUUCAGCCCCCUUGGUGGUAAGGAUGGGCUGGAAGCGACUGACACCGACUGGGAGCACCGACGGCCCAAGAACGAGUUCUGGCUCAAAUUCCGAGAGAUGGUCGAUACUUUAAGCGGCCGACCCGACGGCAACUAUAAGACGGACGAUGCGUGA